GGUUAACAAACGCUGAGAGGGAGGGGACGCCAGCGUAAUAUUCCCACCGUUUUUUCUCCUUGGUAGAGCCGAAAAAACAAGGGCAUCCAUCGGUCUCUUCGUUUUCCUCACACCUCAUCUCACUAGUCUAACGUCAGGCAUAAAUAGGCUGUAUACAGUACCCUGUCAUUUCUUCCGCUGCUGUGUAAAGACUCUCUGUGUGUCCUUUCCUCUACCUGGAGGUUUGUUUUCAGCCUGCGGGGGGAUUGCCGAGCCGAGCGGCAGGGGCGUGAGAGGCGGAUGCUGCGAGCGUAGAGGCUGGGUACCAACCAGGAGCAUCACCGCAACUCACCACGAUGGACAGAAUGAAUUUUCUCUCCUUCUUCCUCCUUUGCUUGACUUCGGUUGCCAAUAGCAACAAAGCCAAUAAGCACAAGCCAUGGAUCGAGACAGAGUACCAGGGGAUUGUCAUGGAGAACGACAACACCGUGCUGCUCAAUCCCCCUCUCUUUGCCCUGGACAAAGAUGCUCCACUACACUACGCUGGUGAAAUCUGUGGCUUCCGGGUCCAUAAUGGCCCCUCUGGUUCAGGCUCGGUCCAGUUUGAAGCGGUGGUUCUGGACCGUUCCACUGGAGAGGGCCUGGUCCGGUCCAAGGAGCCGCUGGACUGCGAGAGCCAGCGGGAGCACAGCUUCACCAUCCAGGCCUACGACUGCGGAGAGGGACCUGACGGAGUCAACAGCAAGAAAUCCCACAAGGCCACUGUGCACGUUCGAGUAAACGACGUCAACGAGUUCUCCCCUGUGUUCGUUGAGCGUCGCUACGAGGCGUCAGUCCCAGAAGGGCGUCUGUUUGACCGAAUCGUGCGUGUGGAGGCUCUGGAUGCCGACUGCUCCCCGCAGUACAGCCAGAUCUGCUUCUAUGACAUCAUCACUCCUAAUGUGCCCUUCGCUAUCGACAACGAUGGUAACAUUAAAAACACAGAGCCGUUGGAUUCCAAGCGCCAGCGGGUUCACACCUUCUGGGUGACUGCCUUCGACUGUGGAAAGAACCGCGCUCAGGCUGAUGCCCAGGUUGUCGUCACGGUCAAGCCAUCCUGCAAACCCGGCUGGAUCGGAUGGACCAAGCGCGUAGAGUACACACCUGGGUCAGGUAGCAUCCCCCUGUUCCCCAGCCUGCAUUUGGAGACAUGUGAGGAGACUGUGUGGAACAUCCAGGCCACCGUAGAGCUCCAGACCGGACACAUCGGGAAGGGCUGCGACCGAGACAGCUACUCUGACAGAUCUGUGCGACGGCUGUGUGGUGCUGUCAGGGGUGAGGUAGACCUCCUCCCACCUCCAUCUCCUGCUGCCAACUGGACCUCAGCUCUGCCCACUCUCCCCUCCUCUGAUUCAUCUCUGGUCUUCUCCUUUAACGGAUCCAACCACGUCGCUGUGGUGCCGGAUUCGGUUGUCUCGGCAUUGUCGGGUGACCACUUCACCCUGCAGCUGUGGAUGCGAAGGGGCGGCGCCAACAUCCAGCCUGCGACCACUCAGACCAGAGGAAGUCGCAAAGAUGAAGAGACUAUUGUGUGCAGCACUGUCAAGAACGAUGAUUCCUUCUCCCACUAUUCCCUCUCUGUCCACGGCUGCCGCCUCUCUCUCUUCUCUUUUCUCCCCCCCCCUCUCACCCCCUCACGUGUUGUUUCUUUUUUUUUACUGGACAGGCUAUGGAAACUAGAAGUGUGUGACAGUGAGUGGCAUCAUCUUUCACUCAGCGUCCAGUUCCCCUCGGUGACCCUGUAUGUCGAUGGUGUGACCUUCGACCCCGCCCUCAUUCAUGACAACGGAGCCAUCCCCAACCCUGCCGCUCGCCAGAGGAUGUUAAUCGGCGCCUGCUGGGAGCCUGAAGAGAAGCAGAAGGAAAUACUAAACAACACCAUCCCAGAGGGUAAAGACUCAGUGAAGUAUGUGGGUGGUUACCACGGCCUGUUGUCGGGGGUGACGGUGCGUCCCGGCAGCGUGGAACCUCACAGUGUGGUGGAGUGUCUGUACGCCUGCAGGGAGGGCCUGGACUUUGGAGACCUGGAGACUCUGGGCUCUGGCAUGAAGGUUCAUGUGAACCCCAGCCAGUCAGUGUUGGUGCUGGAGGGAGACGACAUUGAGAGCUUUAACCGUGCAGUGCAGCAGGUCACCUACAGAAACUCUCUGCGUUUCGCCACCCCUGGAGUCCGACCCCUCAAACUUACCACCUCGCUCAGAUGUUUCAACGAGGAGAGCUGUCUGUCACUCAAGCAACUGGAAGGAUACCUGGUGGUUCUCCAGCCUGACGCCCCUCAAAUCUCUCUGUCUGGGGUCGGCCCUCAUCUGGCUCGUCCUGCCCCUGAGUUUGAGGGUCCCCGUGGUGUCCCCCUUUUCCCCGAGCUCCGGAUCGUCUGUUCCUUGUCUCAUGCAGUCAACACGGCUGCACAGGGGAUGGAGGGUGGAGCUCUGAUGUCUGACGCUGUGGCUCACACUUUGGAUGGCUGUGAGGUCCAACCACUGGGGGAGGAGCUAAACCCAGAGAGGGAGGAGCUUCUGGUGGACAUGGAUGUUGUGCGAGAGAGGGGGCUGGAAAUCAUCAAUACUACUGCUUAUAUUGCCAUCACAGGUGCCGAAUCCAUCUCUGUGUACGAGGACGUCCUUCGCUCGGUCCGCUACCGACUGGCCAAAGGCUCAGCCCGCUUCGAGAGGCGGUUCCGCCUGUCCUGCUCUGAGAUGAAUGGCAGAUACACAAGCAAUGAGUUGACUCUGGAGGUGAACUUCCUCCACUCACUUGAUAGUCUGUACCACCCAUCCCACCUGCUGGCCUCCCAGCAGCAGUUUCUCCAUCCGUCUCACCACGCUGGAGAGCUGAGUGGACACACUCUGCCCAAUCCUCACCGCAACUCAGUGGUGCCAGGAGCAGCCACCGUCAUCAUAAUGGUGUGUGUGGGUUUCCUGGUUGUCAUGGUGAUCCUCGGUGUUUUCCGAAUUCGUUCCAUCCAUCGCCGUGGUGAGGAUUCCAGGGGCGGGGCUAAGGAGGGUAGCAGCCAAUGGGACGACUCUGCCCUCACCAUAAUCGUCAACCCCAUGGAGUCCUAUGAGUCUCGUAUGGGCAUCUCUGCUGACACAGAGGGGGAGGGGGAGGAGGACGAGGAGGUAGCAGAGUCACCUGAAGACGCCAGCGACGACCAGCGAAUCAUCAUCAAAAAGGAGGGGAGGGACGGCAACGCCCGCCGCUACUGAGCCACAUGUGUCUCUGCACCAGUUCUCAUGGAAACCACAAACAGGCUCACCAGUCACACACUACAACACUUUUAAUAUCAACGACUGCUGACACUACUAGUAUAAGGAAUGUAUGCUUACAAACACUACGCACAACACAGUCACUGUAAUACUUUUGACACUCAACGCCAUAUGUGACCUACAGCCAACAACGGGCAGUUGUUCACCAUCUAAAUGUUCAAUGGCACAAUGUAUACAUUUAAUGUAAUUUAACCGCCUGAGCAAACCCCACGAAAAUCGUAUGUGGUGCACCAGUUCUAAAUCACAAGAUGGUAAUCUGUCUGUAUAGUGAAAUACCAGUUGAAUGAGACUGCUUUUGUUUAAAAAAAAAAAGAAGAAAAAAAGAUUGUAUUUUAUCUUUUGUUAUUGAACACAGAAUGAAAAUGUAUGAAGUCUUUACAAAAUGAAAACGGGAACAAACCGCAACAUGCAGGCCUUGAAUAGAUCUGUAGGCAAAGACAUGAGCCUUGAUCCUGACAUGUCUCUGCACUCCCUUAUUUGACUUGACUCGAGAAGUCUGUGCACAAGCUCUUUUCUCCCUCUUUGCAUCCUCUCUUGACACAUUCCUCGACCACUGUUAACCGCAGAGUAAAGACAGUGAGGUCAGACAUUACAGUCACUCAACAACUUAUUCAUAAAAACUCAAAAACACUACGCUUGCAGGUAUUUUUCUCUUGGUAUUGUGGCUACUUUAGUGCUUCAGCUCUCAACUAUAUUUCAUGUGGUGCUGAAGAUAAGAUGAGAAGAUCUGAGGACUAUCAACCAUACCCCGCACCCGUUACACAAGUUGGUACUUAUGCAAUACCCAGAUGCAGAGUAAAAGCCUCUAGGUGUUGAGUCAGGAGUCUUUGCAAAGUUUAGCUUGUGCCGCUAAAUGACAAAACAUAACCAUCUACAGUAAACCUGGUGUACCCUGACCUUUGACCCCUCUCACAGUGACCGCUGGAAUGUCUCUAGAUGACUCUCACUGCAGUCUGUACACUGCUCUUACAUUAACUGCAAGACGUCACACACACACACACACACACACACACACACACAGUAGACUCCAUAAUGCUACCCCUGCUGUUUCCAGAAUGUCAGCUCAGCUUGGGCAGUUUUGAUUGUAUUGAUUGUAAUGAAAUUCCUGUACAUACAAUGAUGAAUAUUAUAUUAUUGUUAUUACUAUUAUUAUUGCAGCAGCCACUCUUCUCUUUUUCUGCGUAUUUCGAGAGGGAGCAGAUUAUGAUUUACUUUUUUCCAUUUGAGUUAUCACUUUUACAGCAUCAGAAAACUGUAUAAUAAUAUUAAUAAUAAUAAUAAUAGUAGUAGUAGUGAUACGGAUGAUAAUCCCCGGCUUGAUGAGUGUCUCUUAAUUUGUGUGUAUUGUUGUAAUUUAAGAACUUGUCAAUAUCUGAAUCACAGAAAAAGGAGGGCACAUUGUUGUGAUACUUAGAUACGUCUCACUCAUUUCAUUUUUCACCAUUCCAGGUCAUUUUUUUCACAUUUCAAAACUGAACCGCACAAUUAUUUUCUAUUGCACUCCAUCCGAUAUAUUUGGUUCAAUGAAUGUACAACUGUGUGCUUCUCCUCACCUCCCCCUGCCUCCCUGUCUUUCCCCCGCACCUCUCCCUCCCUCUCCCUCUGUGUCUCUUGCUGUCUGUCUGUGUAGCCUAUCAAUGUGCAGUGCUAAACCUGUCAGUAAAUAAAGCCUGUCGUUUUUGAGUGUGAUGUUAAGAAGGAAUAAACAUUGCAUUGAUUAAUAACUUAUAUUAUUACUAUGUUACUAUUGGAACAUUACCUGUAAUUAUUGAUACAAUGAUGACAUGGAUUAUGCUGACUAAUUGUUAUUGAGAACUGUCAGAAAACAUUACAAAAUUCAUAAUAAAAUCACUAUAUGACGUCUC